AUGAGUUCUUGCGAUGACGAUGAAGCGUGGAACUUGUAUGGUGGGCGUAUGGCAAACUGGGUGGUCAACGCUUCAACUACCAUUUCUUACGUGGAAAAUGGGGCUGGCAGAUCAGAGUCCGCCACCUACGAUGAAUUGAAUUCGCCCAGCCUCCCUAUGGCAUUCGUGGCCGAGUCGAUCAAUAUUGUCCUUGCAAUUGCCGCGUCCUCCUGCCGUGAGAAGUCCCUCAAACCCCAGGUUGAUGAGCGUUUGCACACCUUCGCCGAUACGCUUAGUAGCAGCGAUGGGGUCAAAUGCUCGAUGGAAUACACAGCCGAAGGGCUUGGCUGCCUAGAGAAGUUUAAGGCAAGAUUGCUCGUCAAUUUUGACGACUUCCGGCUCCCCCGUGGUUGGGUCUAG